AUGCAAGCUUCGUUCCUACAUAGCCUGAUCUUUGUUUACAGUCAUGUGAUUCUAGCAGAACGGCCCCACGCUGCAUUUUCUCUGACAGUUGAUGAAGUCGAAGGUCACUCAAUAAAGCUCCCUCCUCCAACACAUCAGCAAGGUCAGAGCGCUUCAGAGAGGCGAUCAUACAAUGUCUCUGUCUUGGCGCUGGAUGAGAGCAAUUCUUCAGGAUUGGAUGAUAUUCUUCCUGGUGACGGGUGUCAGCAAGAGCAAGCAUUGGUGAAGGCCCUACGAGGUCUUAGAGUCAAAAACAUCUCGGAUGUCCGAAAGUGUUCUUCUGGGAGAGGGUGUGUCACUUGGACUGGCUGUAGCGUGACGUCGAUUGCAUUGAGGGGCGAGGACCUUCGCCCAGCGAAAUCCCUGAAUUCAUGGCCCUGGUUGUCAUCGAGCUUCAGAGGGCUGCCGGAUCUGCUCACCCUCCAUUUGCGUGGCGCUUUGAUCAUAGGAAACCUCAAUGUUUUGAACAACUGCAGCAAAUUGCAGGACCUGAAACUCAGACAGACAAGUAUCGGAGGAGAUCUGCGAAUUUUUAAGAGCUGCACCCAGCUGCAGCGCCUCGAGCUGGGGAAAAACACACACACGCACAAGAAAUGGCGAGAUAGACGAAUGAUUAUUAGAGGAGAUUUGAGCAGUGUGAGCAGCUGCAGCAAGUUGAAGGUGCUCAACCUGGCACACACGAGGAUCAAAGGUGAUUUGAGCAGUCUGACAAAGCUCAUGGAAUUGGAGCACCUAAAUCUAGAAAAGACACCGAUUGGGGGCCACUUGAAAACUCUGUGGAAUUGCAUCAACAUUGAGCGACUGGACCUUUCUUUCACUCAGAUCGAGGGAGACUUGCAAGAUUUGCAAAAGUGGACAGCAUUGAAGGAGCUUGACCUUUGCCAAACGAGAGUCACUGGAAGCCUGGAAGAUUUGAAUCACGCAGCAGAGCUGCAGGUCCUGAACCUUUCCGACACAGGGGUUGUCGGAGAUGUGGCACAGUUGGCAGUGAUGAAGAAGUUGAGACAACUUGAUCUCCGCAACACUACGGUGGUGGGGGAACUUGAGAGUCUGCAGAACCUGAAAGAGCUUGAUUUCAGUUCGGUGCGGGACUACUUUGAAGGAACACAGGUCAACGUCACAUGUAAGCAGGAAGCAGCGUUAGCAAACGUCCUAAGAACGUUGAAGCCGCUUUCUGACAACUUGGUGGACUCAUACCACAUUGACGGUGUCACAUGGAAUCGCUGCAGAGUGACAGGCAUCUCAGUGCGAUAUUCAUAUUCUGACCCCUGUUGGGGCAGGAGAUUUCAGGGUCUCAGCUUGUCAAGCAGCUUUAAACAGCUCCCGGAUUUGCUUUACCUCCACUUAGAUGACGCGCCAAUGAAGGGAAACCUGGAUGUUUUGGAGAACUGCACCAAGUUGAAGGUCUUGAAACUUCCAAACUCAUGCAUCGGAGGAAAUCUGAACAGUUUGCAACACCUCACCCAGUUGAGACACCUCAACCUGAAAGGCAUUGGGGCAGAGAUCAAGGGAGAUUUGCAAAGUCUUCAAAAUUGCACCAAGUUGAAGGAACUUGCCCUUCCUCGCAGCAUCACGGGGAACCUCAAGGCAUUGCGCCUUGCCUCGGAUUUGCAAGUCCUAGAUCUUGCUGAGACGAAGGUGAGGGGAGAUGUGGCAGAAUUGGCAGUUGCUCCGAAUUUGAGCACACUGGAUCUGAGUGACACAGGGGUGGCCGGGGAACUUUAUUCUCUGCACAGUCCGGCAAACCUGCGAAUGGCCAAGGUGGGAGUUACAAGAACAGACAUCAGAGGAUGUUUGCAGGACUUCGCCUUAAGAGAGGUCCUGGCAGAGCUGGGCCUGAAGGAUUCGGAGCUCAAGGACUUACAUGAGAUCGCUGGUGUCAAAUGGAAGGACUGUGACGUGAUCAAGAUCAGAUUUCCUGGGCGUAGCGAACUCCAUGGUCAAUUGAGCGAUUGGUUGCAACGGCUGACAAACUUGGAAGUUCUUGUUUUGAGCAGUGCCAACGUCACAGGAAGUCUGCAAGCCUUAAAGCAUAAUGCGCGGAUGCGAAGGGUGGACCUUUCUGGGACACAAGUGUCAGGAGACAUCGAUAUCAUUUGCAACUUGGAGAGCCUGAAAUACCUGGAUUUGUCAAACACGCAGGUGGCCGGUGAACUGAUCAACCAAAAGAAUACAAGUUUCGGUAAAGAACUCACAACUCUCAUGCUGGCAGAUACGAAUAUUAGCUUUAUGCUUUCACAGGAUGCCUGGGCUUGCCCGAAGCUCGUACUAUUGGAUCUCAGCAGGUCUCCCAUCAAAGACACUUCGCUGGGCGGAUUUCUUCGGACUUUGGGCAACUGCAACUCGCUGGGAACGGUGAUGCUUGCGGGGUGCAACCUCACAGGCACUAUCCCAGACAUUGCUGACCUAUCUUUGGCAAACUCUUUGGUGAGCUUUGACGCGUCGUUCAACCACCUUUCUCAGGUGGAAGCUAUUCCUCCCCGCUGCCAGAGGUUCUCCGUGUCAGGGAACGAUGGAAUCGGCUUUAAGUCAGGUGUCUUGAAGAAAGCCUUGGCUGACUACGUGUCCCUGGACCUUCGAGAUCUUUCCUUAGCCAGCCCCAGUGAAGCCAAAGAGUUGUUCGAUCUCAAACUGGUGCAGAAAACCAAGCACCGCAUCCUGGUCGAGAAAGGGCGCGGAUAUGCAUGUUCGGAUAUUGCAAACCAUCGAUUUGAAAUUUCUCCGGACAAAUUUGCGCCGCACGAACUAUGUGCUUGCCUCCCUGGAUGGAGUGGGAACAGCACAAGCUGCCAUCAAUGCCCAGUCAAUACCUUCAAGGAGGACGAAGAGGGCGAGUGUAAACCGUGUCCAGCAGGGAGUAAGGCGCCGAAAGGUUCAACAACUCGCGACGAGUGCAAGUGCAAACUCGGGGAUCUCUUCAACACCACUGGCACUUUAAUGCUUGGGCAUUGA